CGGCGGCAAGCCUUCAUAUAAUUACUCAGACUUGUAAUAAACGCAGGGACUUUCCCAAGCCCAGCUGUUGGACUUUAUUUCGGGAGGGCUCGCUGUUCGUUUCUCUCCAACCACCAUGUUGUUUUCCCGGGCAGCAGUACGCGCACGACCCAUCGCCGUCAACGCUAGACGGUGGGCGAGCACCGAGGCGAAGAAGCCGUCGUCGAACUGGAGCCUGUACCUCGCUGGCGCGGGUGUAGCGGGCUUGGGUGCGUACGUGUACUUAGACCGCACAGGGAAGGCACAGGCGAAGCCGAAGGCGCUGGGUCCGAGCCCGCUGGACCCGUCGAAGUUUGUCGAGUUCCCGCUGAAGAAGGUCGAGCCAUACAACCACAAUACGGCAAAAUACACUUUCGAGCUCCCGGAAAACACGGCUGCCCAGCUCCCAGUAGCUUCCUGCGUGUACCUCAAGGCCUUCGGCGACAACGCUCCCAAGGAUGCGAAGGGCAACCCGGUCGCGCGCCCGUAUACGCCCAUCUCUCCGCCUGACCUCCCCGGCGAGUUUGUGUUCUUGAUCAAGAAGUACGACACGGGCGUUAUGACACCCUGGAUUGCCAACAUGAAGCCUGGUGAUAAGAUCUCGGUGAAGGGCCCCCUGCCCAAAUGGCCGUACAAGAUCAACGAGUUUGACGACGUCGGGAUGAUUGCUGGUGGUAGCGGAAUCACGCCCAUGUACCAGAUCCUGAAGUACGCACUCGAGGACCCGUCGAAUAAGACGCGCUUCAAGCUCAUCUUCGCGAACGUGACCGAGAAGGAUAUCCUGCUCAAGGAGGAGUUCGACGAGAUGAAGAAAAAGUAUCCGCAGACGUUCGAUGUUAUCUACACCGUCGACCAGCCAAGUCCCGAGUGGAAGGGACCGGUUGGGUAUGUCAACGCGGACCUGGUGAAGAAAACAUUCGCGCCGUCCAAUGUUGGUGACAAGGUCAAGAUUUUCGUCUGCGGUCCUCCCGGCCAGGUCAACUCUUUAGCGGGCCCCAAGGCCAGCAUCAAGGACCAAGGAGAACUCAAGGGUGUCCUGAAGGAGCUCGGGUACAACGAGAACCAGGUGUUCAAGUUCUGAGCGCCCUUCGCGGUAGCUAGUGUAGAGUUGAUGUGCUGUAUGUAGGGAAAUCCCAUGUCAUUGUUUUUAUCCUGCAG